AUGCACAAAUUAGUUGUACCCAAGCAAACGCCUGCUCACCGUUUUGCCAGUAAGUUUGACUAUGCCGGGGUUUCACUUUACCGAGCGCUUCUCCGGCAAUGCGGCAGAUUACCAGAAGGUGCUCCAGAUGAGCUCAAUUUGUGCAAGCCGUAUAUACAAAAUAGGUUCCAUAGGUACAAAGACCUUCAAAGUCCGUCUCAAACAGCGAAUUGCCUGAAAGUAGGAUACCAGGCCCUCGACAUAUUACACGCCGCAUCACAAUGCAGUCAAGUCUACGUCAACCGGAUCAAAAACAUCAUAACCAAGCACAAAUUGGCAAAGCAACGAAAAGCCGAAUGGCAGGCGGCAGUGGCUAAGGCGAGACCGCCAAAAAUUGUGGGUAAAUUGGAACUGAGGAAGCGAGAGAAUGUGAAAUUCCAGCAAUCGACUGCCAAACGACAUCCGGAUGCUGAACCCAUCCUUUCACGCCCUCGGCCUGUUGUGAGUGGGAUACGCCGGAUUCCUCAACUUGUCAAUGCGCGUGGUAUCCCGUUUCUGCGCAUCAAGAAGCCACAGCCGAAGUUCCUCAGCGCAGUUAUAAAUUCGAAACUUGAAAGACGCUGGAAGAGGAUGGAGCGUUUGAAGAGACUGGAGACCGAGUUGCCGAUAGCUAUAGACGAGGAUGCGUGGGAUGCAUUGACUGGUCAUGAGGAAGAAGCUACAUGGGCUGAAGCGGUCGAGGUUUCUUUGAAGGAGGUGCAAGAUGUGAUAGCAGAGGGUGAUAGGAAGGUCAAGGAAACUGCGGAAGCCAUGUGGAAUAUCGUCCUUGAAGAACGCAAACUGGCCGAAGCAGAGGCGAAGCAA